AUGCCGCUGCAUCAUCACCAUCAUCAUCACGGACAUGGACUCCUUGGUCACCACCACGGUCAUCAUCACCAUCAUCACCAUGGUCAUCAUCACCACGGUGGGCUCAUAACCGGCCUGGUGGUCGGUGCAGCGAUUCGAUCAGCGUCUAGGCGACGGGAGCGACGUGCAGUUGCUGCGCAGGCCCCACCAGUGGUAGUUCCGGCCUACCCUACCGGGCAACACGCACCUCCAGCGCCGGUAGCUUACCCCGCUCCACCCGCCUACUCCGCUCCACCCGCCUACUCAGCUGCUCCGGCCGUACACGCUACACCAGCAGCUCCAGCGUACCCGUCAGCUCCAGCCUACCCGUCAGCUCCUGCCUACCCUACAGCUCCUGCCUACCCCGGCCCUCCUCAGUACCCACACUAGAAGGAACCUCGCAUCUCCCUUGGAAAACCAGACUGAAGACUUGAUGUGAUACUGGACACUUGUUGUUCACUUGCCAAAGCACAACAAUCUUUCUAACACAACAAGGAAGUAAACAUCUUGAUAAAAUGUCAAGGAGUAGCCGAAGUGCCGAACGUCACAUUGCAUUAAUUGAACAAAAAAAAUCCCACAUCAAUGUUGGGUUUUCCCUUCACUGACGUACUUUUAUUUAUAUAAACACUGUAUACUCAAGUGUUGACCCGGGCGAGUGUUAGAAACAAAUCAAUCGGUUGCGAUUCGAACUCACGACCUCUUGCUUACUUGUACAGACGUCCGAGUUUGCUGGGGUCAGCUGGCUGUUUGGAAUCUGAUAUAGCAUCGGGUAGCGAUAUCUAUUUUUUUCCGUACGCUUUUUUUUUUAUUUGUACACAUGCAUAUAUGGGCGUAUUUCGAAGAACGUUGAGUUGCAAGUCAGGUUCUCGGACUUUAAAUAGCAUCCAAUGGGAAUCGAACUCGCACCAUCGGAUUUGUAAUCCAAUGUAGUAGCCAUGACACUACAGCAGUGGUUCGAUUGAUGCAGUAGUUUUAAACAUUAUACUUCUGCAUAUAUAGGGCCCUCCAGCAUAAUUCUAAAUAUACUAACAACAUGUGGUAUUAAAAAGAAAACAUCCAGCGGGUCCUGCAAGAAAACUAUUCAUAAGAUGAAAUUUCCGUCGGGGUGAUGUACGUUGAAUAUUGGGUUUUUACCCUUUACUGAUGUAUUAUAACAAACACAGUUCACUCAGUAUUGUCCCUGGUGUUUAUGAGAUGGCGAUUCUAUCUUACGAAAAAAUUACAUCAGCAAAAACAUACAUUGUUUUGGCUGGUACUUUAUUAGUACAGGAUUACUACAGGUAAACCAAGCAUUCUGUGUUCAAGAAAGUUUGUCUGCUUGUCUUUAGACUUUUGUCUCUUCGAAAGACCAAUUUGUUUAUGACUUCAAACAAGUCGGUGAAACCGUUUAUAGAAUGUCGUGCAACAACCACUUAAAUAUAAAGUAUUUAUUUGCGUUUUUCUUUGUUGGAAUUUUGUAUAAUUUAUUCACAUGUACUAGUUUUGCAAAGAACUGCUUGUAUAUACUUUCGUCACAUAUUAUGUUUUUUUUAUAAAAUGUAUUAUAUAAGCUGUUUAAUAUAACUUAUUUUUGGGUAGAUGAAUAAAAACAAUAUAAAUACCGAUUAC